CGGGGAGGAGCGGGCCGACGCGCCCCUGGAAAGUUCUGAGGCGAAGCCCAGCGCCCCGUGCGCUCCCGGAACCGGCGGCUGCGCCUUUCUUUCUCAGCCGUCAGGCGCCGCGAGUACCGCCCCGUGGGGGAGGGGAAGAGGCGGUGACACCGCGCGCGCGGAUUGGGCCGUCGAGGCUGCCGUAGGCCGCCCGCGGAAACGCCGCGUCGGGGGACGCCGAAGCCCGGAGGUCCAGGCUUUCGCCACCGGCGGACAUCAGUGAACGGGCUCGCAGGCUACAGACGGAGCAGCCGCAAUCAUGGCCGACUACUGGAAGUCACAACCGAAGAAAUUCUGUGAUUACUGCAAGUGCUGGAUAGCCGACAAUAGGCCUAGUGUUGAAUUUCAUGAAAGAGGAAAGAACCACAAGGAAAAUGUGGCCAGGAAGAUCAGCGAGAUUAAACAGAAAAGCCUGGAUAAGGCAAAGGAAGAAGAAAAGGCAUCCAAGGAGUUUGCUGCCAUGGAGGCGGCUGCCCUGAAGGCAUACCAAGAGGAUCUGAAAAGGCUUGGCUUGCAGUCAGACAUUUCAGAGCCAACUAUAUCACCAGUCACCAACACUGUCCAGCCCACCCCUACAGCAAAUCAACAGAAAGAGAAGAAAAAGAAGAAGAAAAAGAAAGAGGCUUCUAAGGGUAGAUGGGUGGAAGGCGUAACAGCCGACGGCCACUGUUACUAUUAUGAUCUCGUCACAGGAGCAUCUCAGUGGGAAAAGCCAGAAGGAUUUCAAGGGAACUUAAAAAAGACAGCAGCGAAGGCCAUUUGGGUAGAAGGUUUAAGUGAAGAUGGCUACACCUAUUACUAUAAUACAGAAACAGGAGAAUCCAAAUGGGAAAAGCCUGAUGAUUUCAUUCCACAUGGUGGUGAUGUGCUUUCUAGUAAGGACAGUGAAAAGUUACCUGACACCCUAGAAGACUCCAAAUCAUCCGAUUCUCACAGCGAUUCUGAUGAUGAACAGAAGAAAGCGGGAGAGGCCUCUGCAGAAACAAAGAAGCUAAUAAUCAAGUUUAAGGAAAAAAAUAAAAGUACUGAGAAAAGAAUUGGCCCAGAAAUACAAAAAGAAAAAACUACUCCAAAACAGAACCCAUCAAAUACAAAUGAAGAAAAACCCAAAACUCCGAAGAAAUCGACAAACCCUUAUGGGGAAUGGCAAGAAAUUAAACAAGAGGCGGAGUCUCAAGAAGAGGUCGAUUUGGAACUUCCAAGCACUGAAAAUGAAUGUCUAUCAAGUUCAGAAGCUGGUGCUGGGGAAAUCAAAGUGGUAUUUAAAGAGAAAACAGUUUCUUCUCUGGGAGUUGCAGCAGAUGGAGUGGCCCCAGUCUUCAAAAAGAGAAGAAUUGAAAAUGGAAAAUCUCGAAAUUUAAGACAGCGAGGUGAGGACGAGUGACUGAAGCUGCAGGCAGAUGAGGCGUGUCCUUUCCAAGCUCCUGCUUCAAAUACUGUAGUGCUGCAUUUUACAUUUAUGCUAAAUGUUUUUAUGUGAAUCAAAAUAAAUCUUCCUUCAUGUGAAAUUUAUUUUUGUUCCUUAAAUGGAAGCCUAUCACAUUGCAUUGUAAUACAGUGUAUUAUGUUCAAUGUCUAAAAUUGCUAAUUAUAUAAUAACUUAAGAUGCUAUGUAUCUGUUAUUUAAAACAUGGGGAAGGCCUUUGCACAGUUCUUACUCAUAAACAUAUUUAUUCUGCAUUGAAAAUGCAUUAUUUCCAUAUGCUGAAAUUUACUUGUUACCUGAGAAAUAAGAAGUCAGACACAGAAGUACACAGCCCCAAGGCAGUGUGGUUUUGGUAGUCCUUUCCGAAGCCUGGAUGGAGAAAGCUGCAGAUAGGCUUCUCUUACUUCAUUUAAGACAGAAGGCCAGGAGGAUCCACUUGAGUCCUAAAGUGCACAGAGACAGCCGGACCAAGGGUUGAAACCUGUUCUUGAUGCAAAGUGUCUAAAAGCAUUUUAACACAGGGCGAAGCCUCAGGGACCUAGAGAUAGGAGCACGGGCUCCUCCUUCAUUCACAUUCUGGCAUAGUCCUUCCCAGUCAGAAGUAGUACUGGAUCCAUUAGAAGGUUUAUCUAAGGUGAUGUCAACCAAAGGCUUGAACUGAAAUAGAUUUCAUUGUCCACUUAGAUGUUUCCCAUUUUCUGGUUACAUUUCUUAAAUAGAAAUUUCAUAUUCUAUUUGAAGUAUUUCCCUUUAUUACUUUUGAAUAUUUUUAAUCAUAUUUUUCAUAAGUUAUAUGUAACUUUUGGUAGCGAAUGUCUUUUUACAAUUGUUAGUGUACUUGUAAGAAUAGCUUAUUAAAAACCAUAAAGUAAAUUAAAUAUUGGGGUUCCUUUUUCUUCUAAUAUAAUCAAAGUUACACGUUAUCAUUGACAAAACAGUAUUUGAAGAUUAUUUUUUGCAAUUAUUCAGGCCAAAACUUUGCAUUUUGAGGCAUUUUGAUUUUUGUUAAAGAGUUUUUGCUGUGUUGAGGACUAACCUCAAGUCCAGAUCCUCUGGCCUAAGAGUAUUCAAGAAUACUGGAAAUAAUGAUAUACCAUCAAACCUGACUCCUUGAUAGUUGAGCAUCUAGCCUUCAACUGGGGUGGGUAAGGGUCUGCGUCAGGGUCCCAGUGUGUAUCUCUGGCUGCCUUCAAACUUGCAGUUACCCUCCUGCCUAAAACUACUUCUGGGAUUGUUUGCUGGGGCUUUUUUGUGAUUGGUUGGGUUCUGGUUUUAUUUAGUUGCUUGUCUUGGUUUGAUUUGGGGGUAGGGGGAGUAUUGUUGGUUUGGUUUUGUUUGAGACCCUCUUGUCUGCCAUGUUAGCUUGGAACAACCCCCUCCUAAGUAGCUUGGCUAAAGAUAACCUUCAACUUCUGACUCUGCUGUUUUCCACCUCCCCAGAGCUAGGGUUACAGGUGUGUGCUAUCCCUCCUGGCAGUGCUAGACUGUGAGCAAGCACCUGGUUUUCACUUUUUAAUAAGUCAUUUCUUAUGUGCCUGAGGAAUAUAUAUCAGUCCUUGAUUCUUUUCAAGUUGGAAAAUAAGUGUGAUGAAUGCUUUUAUAUUGUAUCCACAUUUAGUUCCUAUAAAAUAAAAUAUUGAAGAUA